AUGUCUCGUCGCUCAACCGUGACCCGCCUACGCAACCUGAUGACGUCGUUCAACGGGAUCUACGCUUUCAUGGAGAGCUACGACGCAAGCAAGCAGGCCGGCGAGCUGGUUAUGCGCCUGGAGAAGCUCGAGCCGCUGUGGGACAAAAUCGACGAUGCCAUCACGGAGGCGGAGCUAGCGGACAGUGAGGAGGGGACCGGCGAGGAGGAGAGAGGUGAGGAUAAGGGUGAGGAAAAAAGUGAGAGUGGUGAGAAAAAGCGGUCCAAACCGGAGAGGUACGCCAACAUUCGGAGUGCCUUUCAGAAUAAAUAUUUUACGGUCAAAGCAUUCCUGCAGUCUAAAAUUCGGGAGCUUCCCGAUCAAGCCCAAGCCCUGCCCAUGGUUUCGCAGUCCGCCCACACCACCCCUUCUACCCAACACGUUAAAUUGCCUACUAUCAGUCUGCCAAGGUUCUCUGGGAACUAUGAGGAUUGGUUGCCUUUUCGAGAUCUCUUCGUGUCGCUGAUUCACUCGUCGGAAUUGCCAAAUAUUGAAAAGUUUCACUAUUUGCGGAAUCAACUUGACGGUCCUGCCAAAACGGAGAUCGCGAACGUGAAAUUUACUGCAGACCACUACACUGUGGCGUGGGAGUUACUGGAAAAGCCGUUCGGCAACACCAAGCACAUGAAGAAGCUGGAAAUCAAGAGUUUGUUUGACCUACCAACUUUGCGGAAGGAGUCGGUUGCUGAGCUACGCGAACUGGUGGAAGGAUUCGACAAAACCGUUCGAGUUCUGGAUCAAGUUGUGGAGUACGCCAAGUACAGGGAUCUUCUUCUUGUUCAUCUGCUGUGCUCUCGUUUGGACGACAAAACGCUGCGCAGCUGGGAGGAGCACGUGUCCACGAAGACGGAAGAGACUUUCCAGGAUCUGAUCGACUUCCUGCGUCGGCACAUCUGUGUUCUGGAAUCUCUGCCUACCAAACACCAAGAGUCCCACCAGUCCAAACCCCGUAAAGCUUUCGCCACCAAGGUCUCCAACCAAAACACGGUCCAUUCCAAUCCCAACUUCGGCUGUUUGGCAUGUUCUGACUCACACCCCCUCUUCAAAUGCCCAUCGUUUGCGAGGAUGUCAGUCAGCGAGAGGGAGAAGAUCGUCAAUCAGAACGCGCUGUGCAGAAACUGUUUUCGGAAGGGCCACAUCGCUAGGAAUUGUACUUCUAGGUUUUCGUGUCAGCGAUGUAAGGAACGCCACCAUACGCUGGUCUGCUACAAACCGGAAGGAAAACCCAACCUAUGUCCAGCCAUCCCAGCAAGGCCAACCAAGGAGGAGGUAGGAACGGCGGCGACCGCUGAGUCGUCCUCUGCUGCUGUCGCGGAGACACGUACGGCGAACACCAGUUCUGCAGCUACGGUCGGAAAGGUGCUUUAG